AUGUACUGCACAACGUUCCUUACAUCUGCUUCUAUCCUAGCCCUAGUCACAGCCUUACCCACUCCUAAGGCGGCUUCUGCAGCUAUAUCAGAUUCCUACACCUACUACACCGGUGAUGGCUCAGUUGCUGACGGCUGGCCUGACGAGUCCAUCUGGGGCUCCUGGUCCGACCUCUGGGCGGCCAAUGCUGCUGUUAUGCCGAAUACCUGCGGAUGGAAUGGAUGGGGCGCUGAUGACUCAUCUACAGAGAUUGCCGAUAUCCAAACUGCUAUUGAGCAGGUGGCUAGCUCGACGGGAGUCGAUGAGCGCUUCAUUCUUGCGAUCAUGAUGCAGGAGAGCAAAGGAUGCGUCCGCGUGCCCACCACCAACUACGGCGUCGUCAACCCGGGCCUCAUGCAGUCCCACGAUGGCAGUGGAACCUGUGCCGGUGUUAACCCAUGCCCACAGUCAGAGAUCACCCAGAUGAUCACCGACGGUACCUCUGGAACAUUGUCUGGCAAUGGUCUGCAACAGCUCAUUGCGCAGGCAGAGUCUACCCUCGGCGUCACCACUUCUCAAGCUUUCUAUGCCGCUGCGCGUCUGUACAACAGUGGCUCUGCCGACUACUCGAACCUCGACGACGGUCUCGGCAGCACUCCCUGCUAUGCCUCGGACGUUGCCAAUCGUCUGGCCGGCUGGGUUCUCGCAGCAAGCUCCUGCACGGCAUAG